UGCCAUCACAACAAUAGCACCGACAUGGCGGUUGUAAUAAUGCAAGAAUUUGACACCGACGCUUACAAUACCGUCUGCAUGCUAUCCUCGGCUAUGGGAAUUCUCGGCGCAGUUUAUCAGCUGUGUAUCGAUAGCUACGAUCGGUGGUGCGACAAAUAGUUGGAGAAAGAACGGCUAAGUGAUCUGUUGAUGUUCAGAAAAACACCUUUCCCGUGCACAAUGGUUCAAUACUUGUUAAAACUCUGUCUCAAUAACUUCUGCAAUCCUUUGGAACAAUUGAAGGAACUACGUGUCACUCUGAGCAACCGAGCAAUCAUUAUCUUCGUUGAGAUUGCCUCAAUCUUGUCAAAGGGCAAAAUUGACAACUAUGAUUGGAACCGUUCAUCCUGGCUGCUAGCCGCACCGCUGUUCACUACAGCUUGGACACAGCGUCAUGUUUUACAUACCCAACAGGUUCUACCCAGAGAAGAGUCCAACUUCCCUCAUCGAUGGCACACCUUUUCUGCCGCUCGAGGACGAGAGAUCAUCGUAUGGCUGGCUGUCGCGGAUCUAUUCGCUUCUCUUGGCGUGUUCAUCAGAUCCGCACUGUGGAUGAAUUUUAAAUCCAUCAUGCCUACAGAAGAUGACACCUCUAGCGUAGUGUUCUGCGCUAUAUCAUCGGCAUGGACGCAGUAUUUUUACACGGCAACAUGGAUUUGGACGCUUUGUUAUGCCAUUGAUAUGAGAUUACUGCUAAUUGAGCGUCCCGGUCAUCCACGUUAUUAUCAUGCCGUAGCUUGGAUGUGUCCCGCGAUCCUGACAACUUUUGGCCUGUCGAUCUUGUAUACACCGGAUGCCAAAUGUUCCAGCUGUCACAAUUCGACCUCAUUGUCGAGCGCGGUAUUAAGGAUAUUGCCAAAUUAUUGUGCAACUUACAUACCAUUGGCUGUAGUGAUGAUAACAAAUCCAACACUCUACAUGGCGGCGACUCGUGAUCUUACAGCGGCGGUGUCUUGUAGCAUGUCUCAAGUGACGGGACGUGAGAGGAAGCUUGUACAAACGGUUAGAUUCAAAUUUGCUCUGACAAAUUUGGUUUAUUAUAUAUGCUGGAUGCCAAAUUUAAUAAACGGCGUUCUUUUGUGGACUUUGUGGUUCAAGUUACCAAUAAAAGUCAUCAUCAGCUUGUGGUACAUAAUGGCGGUCACAAACCCCCUCCAAGCAUUUUUUAAUGCUUUGGUAUAUCAGAAGUGGGGUAGAAGUGAAAAGUUUCGGUUGUCGUGGCGAAGAACACUAUCAGACAGGGUACACGACUGGAGAGGCGUCAACACAUUGUUACCAGAAACGACUCCACUUCUGAACCAACGUUUUACCCCGCACACAAGCAUAAACGGAUCAUCUUCCCUGUGAAAAUUUUACAUUGCAUUUCAAUUCAUUCGGAAAAGAAACAAGCACAAAAUAGCAUUGAAUGUUCUCAGUUGUUUGUCCAUCAAUACUGGAUGUAUUCUAUUAAAUGGUGUCACAUUUAUUUAUCCAAUAAACUUUGGACUGUUCAUGAGUUGAAACACGAAGUAUGUUAUGAGCUUGUUUCUUCUACUCUGUCCAAAUGGUUUAAUUCUGUUUGUUUCACAUAUACAUUCAAUGCCACAAGCUGGAGUUGUUGGCUGUGGUUGGCAAUAGUCCAUUAGAGUAAUGCAAGGGGAAGAAAAACACUGUGCGUCUCGUUGGUCAACAUUUGUCGAAAAUUCAUUGUAUCUGUCCAGAAACUAGGACAAGGCCGUUGAUGAAAUGCCUUGGUUUAGGUACAGUUUGAAAAUUUGUAUUUCGUUUUGUAUACUUGAAUACGAUCAUACACAAGAAAUCUAUUUUAUGAAUAUAGUAUUACAAAAAUACGUAUCCCAUAGGCUUUCUUGGCUAGAUACUACCCUAUAAUACGGGAUGUGUUUUUAAUCAAUUAUUUUAAUGAUGACAAUCUGUCAUUGAUGGGUUGAUCCUUUAAUAAUGGUAUCCCUUACUCGAUAACAUGUCUGUGAGAUAAACUGCCAAGAAUUCGAGCAUUGUCAUACCUGAUGUGGAUACGGUUGCUCUGCAACAGCCUAGAACUAAUUGUCUUCAGAGUUAACAAGGUUUGCCCCAGCAUCAAUGGCGGCAAAUUCGUUGAGAUGAGAUGCCCUGACUUUUCCUUCGCAAAGUUCAAAUCUUCUAUAAAAUCAUCUUUAAUAAUUCGUCAUAAUUCUUAAUACCGGCUAUGUAUACAGUACAAUGUUACCACAGAUCAGGUUACAAUCAAGCCUACUGCUUUUACCAUUACAUAACAUACUGCCGUCAAUGAUAGUUGAUGUAUACCGAACGGUAAGAUGCAAUUUUGUUUCACUAGGAAUUCUUAUUACAGAAAUGCCAAGCUCAUCGCUUGGGAUUACACAAUGAGAAUCACACGGUACAUGUGGAUCAUUAUUUGACAUUACCUUAUCGUUCCUAUAUUUUCUCGCCAAUCACCAAUCAUUCGAUAAUGCCGGUUAACAUGUAUGGUAUUGUAUGCUCAUUUUUCAAUUGGGAGAAACAUAAUAUAUACGUAUGUACAGAUCCUUGGAUUGAUACUAACACAUUGAGGCCGCCGAUGUGGUCUACUGCCGCUUGUUUAACAUGGGAAACAGAUGCCAUCCGUGGCUUUAAAUUUGUCAGAAUCAAUCUAAGGAUCUGUACAUAUACUACAACAUAAUAUCAAUUCAGUACCAAUUCCGCUUCACCAUGUCAGUAACUAAUACUUUACUUCACACUUUUAUAUUUAAUAUUAUCAUGUGUUAUAUUUAGAACGGUAACUUCGACACAUGAUUAGGUACAUUACGUACGUACAGUGUCAAUCUAUGCGAUUACUUUCAAUCAAUUUUUACGUCAUAUAUGCUCGCGAAGUGGAUGUAUCGAUGAAAGAAUAACAGGGUGGUGACAAACUGGGAAUGGUCAGGGAAAUCAGGGAAUUAUGAUGGAUCAUCCAGAAAAACGUACUUUUUUUAUAAAUCAUUUUCAACCUUCAGUUAUGCUUCGUAAAUUUAGUUAAGCUAUCUUUUGGAAAUGAUAUUGUUCAACAUCUAAUUAUUUUUGUAAAACGAAGCAAUUCUAUAUAUUUUUUAGAUCCGUACUUACAUAUUCAAGGUAGACAACUUGUGGAACUUUUGGUCAUAAAUGCUGCCCAACAUUACUUAAGUUUCAUGGGAAAAAGUCAGGCAAUUCUGAAUUUUUUGCUAGAAAAAGUCAGGGAAUUUUAUUUGAGCACCCUCGAAUGAGAUGUAAAAAUUUACAUUUUAAAAUAAAAAAAAAUGUAGAGGUUAA